CUCUGCUCUCACAUAUCUGAUUCAAUACCUACUAAUAACUCUACAGAAAAAAUAAGUAGUGAGGAUCUGGGUGCAUUAUAUGAAAAAGAAGCCAGAAGAGAUAAGAAAAAUAAAGCAAAUAUGACUCGCCUAUUAGCUACUACUUAA